GAUUUAGACACUGGCUGGUGUGGAUUCCUUUGAAGAAAAAAUUAAUGUUAUAUUCUAUUUUUGGUCCAGAUUUCAGCUCCUGUUUGUAACCUUUCACCAAACUACCGAGUAAAUGAGAAUGAGACCCACCAUUUGUAACCUUAACCAUUAAGAUGAAUUUUCUGUGAAACCCUAACAAGGUGAUAAAGACCAGGGGCUUUUUCAGUCAAGCCAGGCAAGCAUGAGAAAAUGAAGCUUGUAGUCAAUAAAAACGUGGAGUACAGGUGAAGUUGUUGGCUUUAUGCUUCUCUUACAUUGUUCCUCUGAAUUGCCAGACUGUAGGGUUUCCAGCAAAAUGUCCUUUAAUUUGAAAUCUUCAACUGUGGUCCAUUUGCAUUUUUAAUUCCUAAUAAGGCCAGACGACACUAUGGUUACAAUAUCAGUUAAAGACAAGUUUUAGCUGAGCGUGAUGCUGGAUUGUUCAAUUUCGUCAUAAAUGCAGUCAGUUUUGUUUUGUUCAGUGGAGGAUUGAAUUAGGCAUUGUCGCCAUGUAAGCAGGUUUUUCAUGCCUUUGUUUUGUGGUUGAAUGAAAACCCACUUGCUCAUUCGUUUACCCCAAGUAUGUAUAUGGCUGCAGCAUGUUUUCCUCGGAUUAAAAUGUCCCUUCUAUAAAUGGCAUUUUGUUGUACGGCAUGAAGAAAUAUCUCUGUUGAACUCUAGAUAGUUAAUUGGGUAAGAGAAGUAGAGCUGAAUUCGCGGAAGGUAAGAUCUUGUAAGAAUCUUAUUUUCCUGCACAAUGCAUAAGAUUCCUUAUUGCCUUGAUGUUGGGGAGCUUUUAUCCUAACAGUGAUGGUGUUUGAUUCUAUUCCAACGCUUUGGAAUUGGAACGGCUACAUGUUUCCACGUAUGCUCUGGCUGCUGAGUGUCCUAGCAGAAUUCGAUGCGCCUUAUAUAUUAUAUACUGUCUGCGGUGUUUCUAAAUUGUGGGUUUAGUUGAUCGGGCGGAUCCGUCACAGGAAUUCAAAAUGUUUGUGUCAGCUGAGAAUGGAGAUGAGUCAGCCGAGAAUGGAGAUGAAUCCAGGAAGGAAAUGGCUGCUCUUGAAAAUUUGGGGGAGUCGAUCCAGAGUCUGCUGGGUUCGAAGACAGAAUUAACAUUUACAUGGGGUGAUGCUGUUCGUUUCAUGAUCAAGGAUUUGUCCUCCGAUCCCAACUCUGUUAGUUUUCAACCCAGCCCAACUGAGCAAAAUGUUAGGCUUUCUGAGGCAGAAAAACUGCAGCUGGAGGAGGACAUUGUCAAGUUAGAAGGUGAGCUAGAUGCCUUAAAAGCUCAUUUUAGACAAUCUGAUAACAAGAGGAGGGAUACCCUGAACAAAAUAUUGGAUCUCAAGGGUAGCAUCCGUGUUUUCUGUCGCAUGAGACCGUUUCUGAGCAAUGAGAAGAGGACACAUCCAGGACCCUCGAUAGCUCCACAUUUGGAGAAGGUUAUGAUCAAAGCAGGAGGGAAGAGUAAAGAGUUUCAUUUUGAUAAGGUUUUCCUUCCAGAGGCUUCACAAGAUGAGGUAUUUGCAGAAGUGGAGCCAAUUAUCAGAUCUGCCUUGGAUGGGCAUAAUGUAUGUAUGUUUGCUUAUGGGCAGACAGGAAGUGGCAAAACCUAUACAAUGGAAGGAAGACAAGAUAGUCCUGGUGUCAUUCCUCGUACAAUCCAAGAACUCCUAGAGAAAGCAGCCUUGGAUAGCACUUCAACCUUCACCUUUACAUUUAGCAUGCUAGAAGUUUACAAUGGAUGCCUGAGAGAUUUGCUUGUACAUCGACCUACAAGGUUUACAGAUGCUACCCCGAAAUGUCUCUCUAUUCAAAUGGAUGCGCAUGGUGGAGUGGAGAUUUUGAACUUGAGGGAGGUGGUUGUAACAGAUUUCAAACAGGCAAUUCAAUGGUAUCGUGUAGGCAUUCGGGCAAGAUCUACUGCGUGGACCAAUACAAAUGAAUCUUCAAGCAGAUCACACUGCUUGAUCAGGAUAGUCAUUAGCUGCUUGGCACAUGAAAACAGAAAUGUUAAUACAAGCAAGCUAUGGAUGGUUGAUCUUGGAGGAAGCGAGCGUCUGCUCAAGACUCAGGCUACUGGCCAAACUAUGGAGGAAGGAAAAGCCAUAAACUUGUCUCUCUCUGCCCUUGGAGAUGUUAUUGGUGCAUUGCAGAGGAAACAAUCUCACGUACCUUACAGGAACAGCAGGCUCACCCAGAUUCUAAGAGAUUCUCUCGGACAUGAUUCAAAGACUUUGAUGCUUGUACAUAUCAGUCCAAAGGAAGAUGACCUUUUGGAGACUGUUUGUUCUUUGAAAUUUGCAACCAGGGCAAGAGGAAUACAACUAAUGAGGGAACUAUCAGAUGAAGCCAAAGAACAGAGGGCGGCAGUCAUGGACACUUUGAUGUUGCAUAUGAAGCACCUUGAAGAUGAAUGUGUAAGUGCGAAAAACAAUAUGGAAACCAUACAGUUUCUUCUAAGAGAAAAGAAAAAAAUCUUUGCAAAGAGUGAUCCAUCCUCAGAAAAUCAUGAGCUGGUACAACCUUCAGUUGGUCAAGAAGAAUUUGGCAUGGAUGCGGAAUCUCUGGAUUGCAGUCUUUCAGACAAGCCUUUGGGAUCGAAACUACCCAGAUUUAUGGCACCAACUGCUUCCAGCCGCCUCCGAGGUAAGCCAAAUGAUACCAACUGCAUAUCCCCUAGAAGCGGAAUAAAGAGAGAAAAGGUGAAUGGGAAGGGAGACACACUACCUGCUCAUGUUAGAAUUGUGGCCGCUUUCCCCAAAUCAAGUGACAUUGCACGAUCACAGAGUGAUACAGAGUGCAGUCCAUUAGAUGAGAGGAUGUUGAGGCGGUACUCCAUGCCUAAUAGCAGGGUGGGGUCUCGAUUUGUUUCUAAGCAAUGUACAAUCAAUGAGUCACAAUGUCUUUCAGAGAGCAGUGUGAUGAUAGGAAGUAAUCAUGGGCUGAGAUGUUCGGCAAUGCCAAACAAUAAGAGGGUAUGUGCUGGAUCGAUGUCCAAGCAAUUAUGCAGUACUGGUGAUUCACAAGAUUCGCCUAGGAUUGGAACUAAUGCAAGAAUUAGACAAUCUUCAAUGGCAAGCAAUGGGCGAAUUUCUAGAUCCCUUUCAAAAAAAUCUACAACUGAUCCACAGGGUAAAAUUCAUGAUGGGUCAAGACAUUCUUCAAUGGCAAAUAAUAGAAGGGUUUCUGGAUCAAGUUCCAAGCAAAUAACAGCUGGUGAUAUAUCACAGUGUGUAUUGGAUACUUGCAGCCCUACGUCGAAGUACAGUAAUCAAUUCUCCUCCACGGAGCCAAACUUGAAAACCAACCUAACAACUAGCAAAAGCACACUGUCCAAUAAACAUUCAAGAGAUAUCAACUUAGUUGUACAGAAGGGUCAACGCAGGGAAGCAGAGGAAGUUCAUCAUUAUCUCAAGCAAAAUUCCAGCAAAUGCUCUAUAUCCCCAUCACCCAAAACUCAUAGGAAGAGCUUCAGCGAUGUAAGCAAGUAUGUAGCCACAACUGAGACAUCAGUACCAGAAACACCCAAGAAAACAUCAAAAUGUGAUUUCCACUCCAGGGAGACCGCUAUUCACAGGAGACAGAUGUCAGUAGAGUAUAGGAUUUCAUUCAAUACCAAGCUUUAGGUACGGCCAUGGGGUACAUGCUAUAUAACUAAGCCUUUCAUACAUAAACUCCUUAACAUCAUACACAGGAAUUGAGCCUGCUUACUGGGCCAACUUAUCAACACUGACCAACUUAUCUUCUUUUAUUUGUUGUUGUUCACAAUAAGUAUUUUACCCGGUAUCCUUGAUUUUUCCCUCACACAAUAAAUCCAACCACAUUGUAUAUUAUGAUUGACAGAAUAUGUUUUGUGUUUGUUAGGUUAUGAAACUCUGUUAUAGUGCUGUAGUUGUUUUGUGAGGACUGAACUUUGGGAGAGUAAUACAAUGGAAAGCUUUCUGAUGUACCAGGGUAAUGAAGUGUUCUUGUAAAGAUUGCAUGUAUACGGAGACAGCUGGUUCUUUAAGACUACGACUUAAUGAUAACAAGUUGAUGCAAAUGUACUCUAUUGUUUUUGAUGCAUCUUUAUGAAAAGAGGACCAUUGAGGUUUAAAAAAGGCUAUGAAUGUUGUAUACAUUCUGCUUUUAAAAUUUAAAUCGAUCCAACUGUACUUGAUUUUGACUGGUUUAAUAAAAGAAAAAAGGAACCUAAGGGGAAAAGUUGUAUGUGA